AUGAAGGCUCUCAAUGAUUGUUUAACUAAAGAUUUCAUGCCAACCGAUGAAGAACUUCUUCAAAACUUCCUCUACAACAAAAUUAACAAUGAACCAAUUCCCAAUUAUCUCAACAUUCUUGAACAUGAUUUGUUCGGAACUGAAAAGACUCCAUUGGAUAUAUGGAAUGAGUUUGAAGCUUCACACUCAUAUAGCGGAAAAGACCUAUAUUUCUUUACUACCUUAAAGAAGAAGUCCACUACGAGCACGCGCUCCGUUCGCACGAUCGGAAACGGUAAUUGGGAAGGCGAAGACACCGGAAAAAAUAUAUUUGCCAAAGACACGAACCAACUCCUCGGUCUGAAAAAACGUUUUCGUUUUGAGAAGAGUAACACUUCUCAAGAUGGUGGAUGGAUUUUGCAUGAAUAUAAGCUCCAUAAAUCUUUGAUUAACAAUGCUCUAGUCAACAAUUAUGUACUAUGCAGAUUUAGAAAGAAUUUGAAAUCACAAAAUACACAAGCAAGAGCAAGUAUAGGUGAUCAAUCCAAUUCUCAUUUAAGAAAAAUUUCAAGAACAAAAAAUUGUCAAGAGAGUAAAAUAAAGAAUGUGAUUUCUAAAGAAAAAGAACAUAUCAUUCCUAAACAAUCAGAACCUGUCAUAUUAGACAAUAAUGUUUCGGUGAAAAAAUAUGUUAUCUAUGAAGAAGCAAUAGUUCAAUCAAAUGAUGGUGGAAACAAGAGGAAAUAUGAGGAUGACAUGGAGUUUACAUAUAUGGGAGAGAAAAGAAAAUGUAUCAGAAGUACUCGGCCAGAAGAGGAAAAAUUUAUUGCAUUAAAGACUAAGUUUGAAUAUGAGUACAAUAAUAUGUUUUUUGGAGAAAAUAUUGCACAAAAUCCAAAAAAUCGAGAUGAUAGUAGAAAUAGCGAAAUUGAGGUGGUUGAAAGAACUAAGCAAAGAGAGUGCAGUUUUAACAAAGAUGACAGUGAUAUCAUCAUGAAUAAAGAAGAAGAAAAUGAUGAUGAUGAGAUGUCUUGGCCUGAAAUUUUUGCAAAGGAACUGUUGGAAAUUAAUGGAGGAGGAAGGUUCAUAAAAGAAGACGAUGUUCAGAUGCUUAGCAACAAUUCUUAUAAGGAUUUUUUUUGUUGGGAAAUAUUAGGAUAG